AUGUUCCAGAUGUUUGUACUGCUACUCCUGCUAGCGAGCAGUGCCAGAUCAACUGCCAACAAUUCAAGUGAGAAUGCACUUGGCUACGAGUUACUCGAAUACCGUUUGGAGUAUUUGCAGAAAAGUCAUGACAAAACCUCCGACCAGCUGUCGCAAAUUCUCGCCAAGCACUACACGAUGAUCAAGCGGCUCCUGAACGGCGUCCUGAUCAUGACCAAUCACUCCAGCCAACUGUUGGAGGCCCACCUUAGGGUUCAGCAACCGGCGCUCGUCGAGUCCUGCCGGCAGGUGGACCGCUCCGGAAGGUACACCUUCCAGCUAUCCCUUAGCUCGGCACCGUUUUGGGUGUUUUGUGAGGCGAACAGUUUCGACGGUGGUUGGUUGGUGGUUCAGCAACGGUUGGACGGCGCAGUGGCGUUCAACCGUAGCUGGGCCGAUUACCGGACGGGGUUUGGAGUGGUUGGUGGGGCGAGUGAGUUUUGGCUGGGCUUGGAGCAGUUGCACCAGCUGACGGACAAUGGACGGUACGAGCUGGUGGUUGAGGUGAGGAAGGAGUCGGGACUUUACGGGUAUGCGAGGUAUUCGGAGUUUAAGGUUGCUGGAGAGGGUGAACAUUACGGGCUGAUCAAGUUGGGCAAUUAUUUUGGGACGGUUGGGGACGAGUUGAGGUACCAUUUGGGGAAGAAGUUUUCCACCUUUGAUAGUGACAACGAUAACUGGAAGGAGGGGAAUUGUGCCAAGAGGUAUGGAGGAGGUUGGUGGUAUUCGGGGUGUGCUUACAGCAUUUUAAAUGGACCAUUCGAAAAAGACGCCAAAACUGGUUGGGGAAUUUUCUGGACAAAUUGGAGCCAAGCAGCAACGUACAGUCGAAUGAUGAUUCGUCGAAAAUGA